CUUCCAUGGACCAGGAAGGGGCUGGCGGCGGCAGCCCACCCCGAGUAACGUGCUGCGGCUGCAGAUUCCUUCGCAGUCCGAUCAAGCCAGCCGUGGGGCGCCGCAGGGCUCAGGCCGGCAGCAGCUCCAGCACAGAUAGCGCGCCUUUCAAGGCAGGGCCUGCCCCUGUUGGGGCUCCAGCAGCGGAGCAGCCAGCCAUCCUGAAGCCGCACUUGACGGGCCGGCGCUCCCGUUCUGACUCGCCCAAGUCGCAGGGCGAGGCAGAGGAGCAGCCCGUCAAGCGCCAAAACUCCAUGGGACACGAUGAUCCGUUGAUAGGACCCCCUGACAGCGGCAGCGUUGGAGUGCAGCCGAUGGACGAGGCGGCGGUGUCGCCCACGGCGCCGCCGGCAGCAGCAGCGGCGCCUCAGCCGACUGCAGCAGCGGCAGCGCCAGCCAGCAGCUCGCGAGGCGGGAUAGAGAUGACGACAACGCAGCAGCAGCGGCAGCGGCAGCAGCAAGGGGGGUCACCGGUGCACCCCUCUGUGCUGCACGCCUGCCCCCCCUUUGGCAGCAAGUCUGUGAUUGGCCGGCGUGCCAAGAUGGAGGAUGCCUGCGUGGCAGUCCCAUACCUAGUGGAGGUGCCCAUCAGCCGCCACGGCAUGGACGAGCUGCUGCCGCCCAGGAUAGCACCGCAGUUGCGCAGCUCCAGCGCUGGCGGCGUCUCGACGCUCUCCGACCUGACCGGGGUGCCUGUGCCAAGCGCUGGCGGCAGCAGCAGUGCCGUGCACGUGCCCGGGGACAGUAAUGAGCAGCAGCAGCAGCAGCAGCAGCAGCAGCAGCAGCAGCAGCAGCAGCAGCAGGCACAGCCACGGGCCAUGGUCAUGGCCGUAGACCCCGUCAGUCAAGGUGCCGGUGGCGGCGGCAGCAAUCCGUCGCAUGACAUCGCCACCGAGACACUUCAUUUCUUUGGCGUAUUUGAUGGGCAUGGCGGUGCCGAUGCAGCGCUGCACUGCGCCAAGUCGCUGCAUGAGCGAGUGCGGGACAUGCUCUCCGCGUGCGCAGUUGCGCCAUCUGGGGACCUGCUCUCGCUGCGCUCUAAAGACCUAGAUGGCAGCGGCACACCGGCCGCCCAGAUGACUGCAGCAGCAGCAGAGGCAGGUCCUCAAGCAUCUAGCAGCGGCAAUAGCGGGCAAAAGCCAGGCGGCGGCAGCAGUGGCGGCAGGGACGAUGCAGCCUCGUCGCGGCCGCCUACCAGCAGGGGUGCUGUGUCCCGGGGAGCUGCAGGCGCCCUGAACUCCAAGGCUUCUGGCAGCAGCAGCAGCUGUGCAAACAGCUAUCUAGAUGCGGACUUAGAUGUCGCCGAGUCUGCCGCCGCCGACCAUAGCAUGCAGGUCCUGUCCUGCACAGCAGAAGCAAUAGAGGCGGCGCUGACCAAGGCGUUCCACAUCACAGAUGAGGAGUUUGGCAACAUGGGCGGCUACGAGCACCUGGCUCUUGUGGGAACAACAGCUGUGGUGGCCUUGGUGGGCAACCGCAUGAUCUAUGUGGCAAACUGUGGCGACUCGCGCGCGGUGCUGUGUCGAUCUGGUGGCGCACUGCCACUCACGGACGACCACAAGGCGGCACGGGAGGACGAAACGGCUCGUGUGGAGGCGGCUGGUGGGCAGAUUCUGUUUUGGAAUGGCGUGCGCGUCAUGGGGCUGCUGGCAGUGUCGCGUGCCAUUGGAGACCACUCGCUGCGGCCAUACGUCAUUGCGGAGCCAGAGGUGACCAUCAUUGCACGGCACCCCAGCGAUGAGGUGAUGGUGAUGGCCUCCGAUGGGCUGUGGGAUGUUAUGAGCAACCAGGAGGCAGUGACGCUGGCCAAGAAGUGCCUGGGCAGGACGCGGUCACGCGGUUCCACGCGCCAGAGUGCGGCACGCGUGGCUGCAACCGUCUUGACUCGUGCUGCAGUCGAUCGCGGCAGCCGGGACAAUGUGACUGUGGUCAUUGUUGAUCUGUCGCCCAUGACAGCUGCGGAGAUGGAGGCAGAGGCACAGCUGUCGGAGCGCUCCGAGACGGCAACCGACGAGCGGACGCAACGGGCGCGCAGCAUCCAGCCAUCAGCAGUGGCUGUGCGGUUGAGCGUGUGA